AUGCCACCACCGACCAAGCCAACCAUCCCCAAGGCUGCUGAGCCAAAGUAUGGCCGAAACUUUGACCCGUGGAACUCGGUCGCACUUGGCCAUCAGCGCGCCGAGACCAAGGGCCCCCAGGGCUGGCGAGACAACCGCACAUGGAAGCUGCAGAACCAGCUCGAGGGCGGCCACUCUGGCGGCGACCGGCUCUCAGACCGUGUAGGCCAUGGCUCGGAGGACUUUGAUGAGGAGCGGCAGAUCCUAAUCCCCAAGGAGGUCAGGGCGAGGGCCACCAACAGCGUCAUGGACAUGCUGAGGAAGCCUGGGACGAUGAGCCAGGGCAGCAGCCGGCAAGCGAGCAGGCCACCAGAGAAGCAGCUCUCCAGGGAGAGGGAGGAAAAAGAACAAGACGAAGACAGUCGCGGGGCAGCAGACGAGAAGCCUGUGAACUCCUUACAUCAGCACGAGGGUGAGCAUGGCGAGGCAGCACCAAAUGCAGAGGGACAGAGCAGCAGUAGCAGCACCAGCAGCAGUAAGAUAUUCGACGGUCUCGUCAUCUAUGUCAACGGGGGCACCCAUCCGCUCAUAUCGGAUCACAAGCUCAAGCACCUCCUCGCCCAGAACGGGGCGCGUAUGUCGAUCCACCUGGGGAGGAGGCAGGUCACCCACGUCAUUCUGGGUAAGCCCUCGGGGCCUAAUGGCGGCGCCGGCGGUGGGCUGGCGGGUGGCAAGCUGGAGAAGGAGAUCCGGCGGGUUGGGGGUUGCGGCGUGAAAUAUGUUGGCGUUGAGUGGGUCCUCGAAAGUGUCAAGGCUGGCCGUCGUCUGCCCGAGACAAGGUUUGCAAACCUGAAGGUUGCCUCUAAGGGACAACCAAGUGUCUAUGGCACCUUCUCCAAGUCGUCUUCGUGA